CAGCAUUGUUGAAACGGGCGCUUGACCACAUACACACACACACGCUCUUUCAACAUUUUGACACACAAACACACAGUCUCAGUCACAAUGUUGAAUCAACUGGUGGCACGCCUGCCCACAACAGCAGCAACGAGCAGCAGAGCCAUCGCAGCAGCAAGCUUGUCCACGCACGCCGCCGCAGCAGCAGCAGCAGCAGCCACUCCAAACGCUUCCAAGAGACGGAGCAAGGGCAAGGCAGACACGGGCCCGAUCGUGUUUGAAGACGCGGCUGCUGACGGCGCGAGCAAGCAGGCCGAGCAGGGCAUCUACACGCAGCCCAUCAUUGUGGACGGCGGCUAUGUCGCUCCGGUGAACAACCGCCCGGCGAUCGUGCCCACCCGCGACCGGCAUCUGGCUGUGGGCAAGUCGUUUGUGCCCGUGAUUGCGCCGGGCGAGCUCGCUGGGCUGCCGGCAACGUCCGUCCCCGAGGAGGCCUUCAAGCGCGUGGCAGACCGCGCCGACCGCCCUACACGCCCCGCGCCCGUCCGCUGGGACAACGGCUUUGUGGUCCACCGGCGCCUGUACGAAGGCCAGAUGCACGAUCUCCGCAAGCAGUUUGCCGCAGAGCACGCGAGCUCACUCAAGGCCGAGCAGCGGCUCAAGUCUCACAUUGCCGCCGAGCGCGUCAAGGCCACCGAAACCACAAGCACGAUUCAAAAGCUCCGAUCCAGCGCUCGCCGUGCCAUCAGCGAUCUGCGUGCGGAUCAAGAAGCGCGAAGCCGCGAGGAGCGCAAAGAGUACGCCGCGUACCGACAGUCGGCGGCCGAACACAAGCGUGUUGGCGUGGAGCUGCGCAUGGCCGUACAGGCGUCCCACAACCUGUCCACCGCCAUUCCCUUCGAAAAGUACGAAGAGGUUGUGUCGGAGGCGCUGCUUACCAACGCAGCAUACCCAGAAUUGCCGCCGCCAGCCAACCCGGCCGAGUUCAACCGCCAGAUUGCUCGCCAAGAGCGCGGCAUCACCAAGCGCUUGGUCGCAGAUCUUGAGCGCCUGGCCGACGCCCGUGUUACCGAAGUGCAGAACGGCUCCAGCUUGAACAAGGAGGGUCGUGAUGCUGUUGUGCAACGCGCGCUGGACAACCUCCCUCCAGUAGUGCCUGAGCCUGGCUCGGUCGCCACCCCCGAGACCAACCGCGCCAUGCAGAAAUCGCUCCUCGAGCUGGCUGCACUCCGCAUGCAUUCGCGCGAGCGCAAGCUCAAGGGCUCGGUUGCUCCUCAGCCCUCCAGCCCAUCGUGGCAAGAGCAGGUUGCAGCCGCUCCCCCAGCCCCAGCUGAACCCGCAACUCCCCAAACCCCCUGAAAAGCGUGUGCACAUGCGCCUGCGCCCCUCCUUUUGUGUUUGUUUUCAGCGUAGCAAAAAUAAUUCAAAAAAUACAUUCGAUAAUAUCUUCUCUUUGAC